AUGCUGUACUGGCUUUGGAAUUUUUUCAUUGUCUUGAUUACCCCGGUGGUCAUCAACCGUCUAGUCUGGAGAGCGUAUCUGAUUUCUAUGGUCACCAACUUCCAGUUUGUGCCCGUCAUUUACUACUUCUUCCCCGAGACCAGCAACUUCACUCGAGAGGUUGUGGAUCAGUUCUUUGCUAGUGGCGAGAACCCUGUUGCUGUCGCUCGCUGUAUGACCAAGGAGAUGAAGGAGGGCGGAUACCGGCAUAUGGGUGCUCAACCCCCACAUACCGAGAAGGAUCAGGAGCAGCAAGUCGAAUAA